AUCGCGGCGCGACGGCGGCAGGCGCUGUGCGCGGCUGCUCCCAGGCCGCUCCCGCCGGGAUCGCUCCCACAGAAAUGACCACUCAGUACGGUAUUCUCUUCAAGCAAGAGCAAGCCCACGAUGAUGCCAUUUGGUCGGUGGCCUGGGGGAAAAAUAAAAAUGAUGGUUCUGAAACGGUGAUCUCUGGUUCUCUGGAUGACCUGGUGAAGGUCUGGAAGUGGAACGACGAGAAGCUGGACCUGCAGUGGACGCUGGAGGGGCACCAGCUGGGGGUGGUGUCGGUGGACAUCAGCCACACGGGCACCAUCGCGGCCUCCAGCUCCCUGGACGCCCACAUCCGCCUCUGGGACCUGGACACGGGCAAGCAGGUCAAAUCCAUCGACGCCGGGCCCGUUGAUGCUUGGUCCCUGGCUUUUUCACCUGACUCCCAGUACCUGGCCACAGGAAGUCAUGUGGGGAAAGUAAAUAUUUUUGGUGUUGAAACUGGAAAGAAAGAAUAUUCCCUGGACACCAGAGGGAAGUUCAUCCUUAGCAUUGCCUAUGUAAGAAGCACAACUGAUAAUUUCUCAUGUGAAAUUGCUGUCACAGUGAUGUGUUGUAAAUAGAUAUUUUUGUUUCCA